GUUGCGACGGACGCCUUUAAUUGUAAUUCUGUGGCAGUUUUCUUUUGUAUUUCUGUAAAUAGUGGAAAAUCGUUAAAUUUCUAUAGUUACAAGAAUGAUUUUAAGUUUUUGAGACCACAAAACAUUGCAAUAACGGGACAAAGGCAGCAUUAAAGUAACCGAGAAAUCAUCAUGGCAGGUCAGCAGACUGAAAUUCUUCAAAAACUGGAGAAAAUGGGAAACCUUGAAGCAGUUGUCACAGAGCAAAAGAUAAGAAUUGAGAAAUUGCGGACCACCUAUGAGACUUUGAAGGCUGAACACCUUCAGCUGCAAGAUAUGGAUGAAAGGAAAGAGCGAGAACUUGAAGAGGCCAGAGAAGAGAUUAAGAAAACCCAGGAACAAAGCCAAGAAGCUGUGCAAAGAAUGAGAGCAGAAAGAGAUGCUAAGAUACGCGAAUGUGAAGAGAUAAGAGCACAGGUUGUAACACCUCAAAGAAUGGAGCUGUUGAGGGUUAAGUUACGAGAAGAGGUAGAAGGGCCUUACAAAGAGAGAUAUGAAGCAAUGGAAAGUGAGAUGGAUAAAUACAGAAGUGACUUCAACAAGUUGCGAUAUGAUUACUCCUUCUUGAAGUCUGAGUAUGAACAUGAACAGGCCCAACACAAACAAAUUAUCGAUGAAAUGCAAGCCCACCAUGAUAUGGAGAUUGCAUCACUUAAGAAGGAGAGAGAUUCACUUGUACAGAGAUUGCAACAAGAAGGUCCAAAUGAUGCCCAAAGAACAAGGGCUUUACAAAGAGAAAAUGCUCAGCUUCACAUGAAGAUCAAAGGCCUCUUAAGUGAACUGGAUGAAAUCAGAGCUCAGCGGGAAACAUCUGGUUUACAGUCUGACCAUGUAUCCAGAUUGCAAGCGCGACAACUGACAGAAAUGACCGCAAAGUGUAAAUCACUUGAGACUGAACGAGAUUCUUUAAAGCUCCAAUGUGAAACUUUACAGGCAGAAUAUCAGAAAAACAAUGAAACACAGGAGGAGAUGACAACAGAAAUAAACAGACUGGAAAAAGAGGCCAUGUCACAAAAAAGCCAAAUGGAAGAAAUGUCACACAAACACAAAGUUGAGCUGAGCAAUUUGAAAAUCAGCUUAAUGAAGAACAAAGGGGAUCUAGAACGAGAAUGUGAUGCAUUAAAAGCAGAAUUAGACAAUUAUAACAAUAAAGUACAAGUAUUGGAAAGGACAGUGGAACACCUCAAGAAAACCAUUGACGAGAAGGAACAUGAACUGAGUAAACGAGUGCAAUCAGCAAGAGAAGUGGAAUGGGAGAAAAUAACUCAGUUAGAACAAGCUAAACUUCAGUUGGAAGCCAGUGUAGGACAGAUGGAAAGAGCAAGGGCGGAUACUGAUGGGGCACAUCGAAUUCAAAUUGAGAAACUUGAAGAUCAAGUCAGAUCAGCCACAGAGUUUAAGAACGUGGCAGAAAAGGAAUGCAAUCAGCUGAGGAAUCAACUUCAAGAAAUGCGAAACACAGCGGAUGAACUUGACAAGGAAAAAUCUCGAACCCAGGAUUUGAAGCAAAAACAGCAGCAGCUUCAAAACCAGUGUCAAAGUCUCUUGAGCAACGAACAGCAGCUUUUAGCAGCAAAUGACAGGCUCAAAACAUCACUAGAGUUACUCAAUGACGAACUAAGUAUUGCAAGAACAGAUCAACAGAGGCAACAGGAGGAAAGUCGGGGCAAUCUUGAACAAAAUAGACAACAGUGGAAGGAUGAAAAGAAUGAAUUGGUAAAACAAAUCACUGACUUAGAGAAAACACUAAAAGGAAAGGAGGAGAAGUCAAGAAAACUGGAAAAAGAGUACAAGAAGAAAUCUAAGAAACACAAAGAAGAAAUCAGUGAUCUUAGGGAUAGAAUGCAAGUCUUAGAAGCUCGUGAGGAACAACUGAAACUAGAGAAAGACUCAGUCAAGAGACACUUGGAGCUUGAGAAUGAGAAGAUGAAGAGACAGUUUGAGAAGUUUAGGAAAAAACAGCAUCGUUUCAAGAGCGUUCUGGACGGUAGUCAGGGUGUAGGAGUAGCGUUUAUUCCCAACUCAAGCUCACCAGUGCCAUUUAAUUCGACUCUGGACCAGGAUCGACAGCAUCGUGAUAUAAUUACAGUAAGGGAAAGGCUCGAAGAACUUGAGGAGAAUCAAAAACAUAUUAGCGACCUACUGGCCAACUCAGAGAGACCGACCGGAGACCUGAGUAUUAGCUAACAAACAUAUGUGCCUCAAAUACAAUUACCUCACUUAGUUUCAGAAUCUGGGGUCUUUAAGAAGGCCAUGAAAUAUAUACAAUUAUAUUUAUUCUUUGCUUUUUAAAAGAUGAAAUUUGCCAAAGAUUGGGUUGGAAUGUGUUCACUGUUUACUGCUGAAAUGUCUUUUUUAAUGGUGUG